GUUCAUUCCCUUCGUUCUUUAGCUCCCUCAGUCCCUCUCGCUCGUGAGGCGCUGAUUCAACGACAACAAUGGCUUGUCUCUUGACCUCCUCCCACGCCUGCCUCUUCUCCCCAAACCCUUACCCCCAUCGCCUCCUCCUCCCCCUCUCGCGCCACCCCCAAAUCCUAUCCCUCCCCUUCCUCGCUCGUCGCCCGCGAAACCCUAGGCUCCUCUCCCUUUCCGCACCCUCCGCCGCCUCCCGACCGGAGCGGUUCCCGCGACGCCCCCCCGACGAAGAUCCCUCCGCCCAGGCGCCCGGAAUCCCCGACGAAUGGGGCGAGAAGACGCCGCCGGAGCCGGAGGAGCCGUCGGAGGCGGAUCCGCCCAAGGACGAGGACGAGGACGAGGACGAGUGGGGGCGGGAUCCCGUGGGGAUCGGGGGAAACGCGGGGGCGAUCGCUGAUGAGUGGGGCGAGAAGGGGGAACCGGAGCCGGAGACGCCUUCUUCUUCGGCUGAUCCUCCGAAGGACGAGGACGAGGACGAGUGGGGAAGGGAGCCCGGAGAGGGAGGGUUCUGGACCGGCAAUGGUAGCCCGGUGCCCGAGGCCGAUAAGCUCGGGGAGUUGAAGCAGUGCCUUGUCGAUUCUAUCUACGGGACGGAGUUUGGAUUUAGGGCUUCGGCAGAUACGAGGGCUGAGAUCUUGGAGCUGGUCAACCAGCUCGAGGCGGAGAAUCCGACACCGGCACCGACCGAGGCGCCGGAGCUUCUUGAUGGGAAAUGGAUCCUUCUGUAUACAGCAUUUUCUGAGCUUUUACCUCUUCUAGCUGUUGGGGCUACACCAUUGCUGAAAGUUAAACAGAUAACUCAAGAGAUCGACACCAAAAGUAUGAAGAUAGUGAAUUCUACAACUCUCUCCAGUCCAUUUGCCUCUUUCACCUUCAGCGCAUCUGCUUCUUUUGAAGUCAGAAGUCCAUCAAGAAUAAAGGUCCAAUUCGAGGAGGGAACAUUUCAGCCUCCCUCUAUAUCAUCUACAGUAGAUCUACCUGAGCAAGUCGAUAUUUUGGGGCAGAAGAUUAGCCUGAGACCAGUUCAACAAUCACUCAACCCCAUUCAGGAGGCCCUUGCAAACAUCACUCGCACUAUUUCUGGGCAGCGACCUCUAACGGUCCCCCUCCCUGGAAACAGGGCUGAGGCAUGGCUUUUAACAACUUACCUUGAUGAGGACUUCAGAAUCUCGAGGGGUGAUGGUGGGUUAUUUAUUCUUGCCAAAGAAGGUAGUCCUUUGCUAGAUCAGCUGUCACAAUAAUUCUCGGGUUUUAUAACAGUGAUUAUAUCCUUUUCAUUCAUGCGACCAUACUGGCAUUCAUUUGUUUUCAUGAAAAGCAUUCCUUGGAAAAAUAUAUUGCCUCUGCAUCUUCUUUCAUGCCUGGGGGCUGCUGAUCAUGCAAUAACAAUGCCAAGUUUUCUUUUGUAUAGCCAUUUGAGAUGCAAAUAAAUUCUUCACAAUUAAACUGCCAUGGCAAAAUGUAUUUGCUAGUGCAGUACUCAUGUUUUGUGUGUGUUGUUUCAUGGUUGUAUUUGUCUGUGGUGCGUUUUGUAGGCAUGUUAGGCGUGUUAAAGAUCAUAUUAAAUUUUUUUAAGAGCAUAA